AUGAUAGCGAACGGAGACGGUAGGAUUCCACCACCGCCGACAACGCUCACCACUUCCGGCGAGGCUUGUUCGGGUGUCCCGUGGGAGUCGUCGCACUCGUCGGAGUCCAGCGGCAACACGGGCACGGUCAAACGGAGGCCGAAUUCGUUGGAACCGAAGGAAAAAACACCCUCACCGACGGAGAGUGGGGUGGAAAUUUCCAACCCACCGGUGGUGCAAGACGGGAACGAUGUCGGUCGGGGGGAAGAAUGUGAAAAUGGCACCGGUAAGGAGGGUUCGAAGAAAUCCUCUGUCCUCCAAUCGGCAAUCAAAUCUCCACCGGUCGGUGGCGAUGGUCCCAAUACGGCUGUGGACCGAAGGAAAACGUUAAGUGAAUCAAAGUUCGGCGCUUCUAAGGCGACUUCCAGGUUGGACGAUUCGAGGUUGAAAUCCAAGCUGAAGCCACCGAGCGUUUUACAACGAACUUCCUCAGGAAAAGUUGAUCCGAAAAGUAGCACCACCAUGAAGAGUAGUGCCGCAGGUGGUGGUGGUUCGAGGGAGAAGAAAGUGUCAUCACCACCAUCAGGAGGUGCAACUGAUACGGGUGGUGGUUCGGUGGGGGCACGUGCACCGAAGAAGGUUUCCUUCAUCCCGAGUCUUUCGAUGAACGUCUCGGCAACAAGCGUGGCCCCGGGAGGAAACGUUCGUACAAGCGCUGUCAAAACGAUUCUACGCACUCGACAAGUUCAACAAUCGCCGCAACAGCAACUACUGGCCGAAGGUUCGUCGACGGUGGAGUACAAAGAACUGUACCGUGAUUAUCCCCUACCGGCACCCCCUUACCGCGAACCACCUCCAGCUCCGGCUUCCCCGAAUGUUGGAACGACAGUGAGGCGCUCCGAGCCGAAACAAAUCUCUGACGAGCAGCAGCAGAUUGUCCCGGUGGAACCCACGAAAGGCGAGGAUGUUAGUGCGGUGGUGCGUUCGAAGCUGAAGGGCUUCGGUUUGGGUAAGCUGAUAUCGUCCCACGGUAUCGGUCAGGAGAGGAUAAAAAAUACCAAUAAUUACGUGACGUUACCACCGUCACCGAAAGCGUCAGGUCGUGUUAUGUCUUCCAAGGGCACAGGAGACCUUCCAGCCCUUCCCCAACCGACGGCGGUCGCUUCCGGUGGAGAGAAACCACGGCAACCGUCCCCCGACGACAUUCUGGCCAAGCCGGAGUUCAGUUCGUCACUGUUCAAGAACAUCCCGGUGCGACAGAAGAAGGGCACGGUGCCGCAUCUCGAGAACUACUGCCUGUUCGAUCCGUCGGUGGAUUUCUUCAACGAGAAGGAACACAAAAUGCGCGCCAUCCCGGAAUCGGUCGAGCUGGCGGAUCAGGUCCUGUACCAGGAUCAUCUCAUCUACGACGCCGUGGUCGAUCGGGACUCGGACAACUACUUCACCAUCGAGCCGGAGUCGCUCGAGAUCGAGGUGAAGAACCGGCUGUCGCUGGAGCGGGUGGAGGAGAAGAUCGAUGAGAUUUUCAACAAAACACGCACCGGCUCGUCCUCCUCCAGCUCGACGAGUGGCUCGAGCCCGGACUACCCGUCCAUGUUCAACUCGGUGAUUGAGACGCCCUCGUCGAACCUGGAGUCGACCGACGAGAGCGACUACGGGUUCCGGAAUCGACUGAUGGAAAAUCUGAAGGUGUUGGCUGUGCCAAAGUCCAUAUCGGGUUCGAUCCCCGACGAAGGACAGGAGGAAGGUGAAGGCGAGUUGGAGGAGGACGAAAGCAACGGGGCGGCAUGUGGCGGAGAUGCGACAGGAAGUAGGACGACGAUGCGGCAAUCACCUCCCUCACCCUCGGUCUACUACGGCGUGGUGUUGAAAGCCAGUUCCGCCGUUUCCCGCCUUGAGCGGGUUCAUCAGCAGCAAUCAAUGUCGGUGCCAAACUCUCCCCUCCUCCAGCAUCGUCUUCAGCAGCAGCACCAGCAGGCGAUGAAGCAGCUCCGAAAAUGUGAUGAAUCAUCAUCGUCUUCCUCGUCGGCCAACGUUUCACCGCCCGCCGCCUCUUCCAGCUUACAGAACGAAGGCCGAUCCCUUAUGCGACAAAACACCUUUACUUGCGGCACGGAGGGCACCGUCGCCAGUUGUAGCAACUCCGGCACGCUGCAAACCCAGGGGACACCGAAGGCAAUCAACAACACUUCGCCCUCGCCACCGUCCCUGAGCGGCGAGGAAGAGAAGCCGCCUCAGCAGAGAGUGACAAAAAUUAAAUCCGAAAGCCCCGGAACUCCCGGAAGUGGUUCGGGAGGAAAGGUGUCCAAUUUACUUCCCCUGCUGCGGAGUACGUUUGCGUUGGAUCCGCUCAAGUCCAGCUUCUCGUUACCCCAGCUCCCGACCGGAGGAAGUAGUGCGAACCAGCACCAUCAUCACCGGGCGUCGGCAACGGGAGCGAUAAGUAAGACGCAACCACCACCGGCCGUUGUUACGUCCAACGGUCAUCAGCAGCAUCGGAACGGUUCGCUCGACUCGACGCCCCUGUUCAAUCGGCUGCGGAAACGUGAGCGUCCCCUGUCGAACCACAGCGACGCCGAUAGUGGAUUCCUGAGUCCGGCAACGCCGCCCGACUCGAACGGGGCGACUCUGCUGGCCGCCGUCACCAGCGAGGAGAUGGCCAAAGGUGGGUCGCUGUCGUCCAACUCGGAUGCAGUAGUGUUGGAGCAGUGUGACAGCAUCCAGGAGCUCAUACAGAUCUACACCGACUGGGCCAACUACUAUCUGGAGCGGGCGAAAUCGAAAAAGAAAGUCUCCGACCUGUCCGCCGACUGUCGCGAUGGUCUGCUGCUGGCCGAAGUUAUCGAAGCGGUCACUACCUUCAAAGUACCUGAUUUGGUGAAGAAACCAAAAACUGCUCAGCACAUGUACGAAAACGUGAAUUCCUGUCUCACCGUGCUGCGGCAGCAUCAAGUUGGAGGCUUGGAAUCGGUCACCCCGAACGACAUCUGCAGCGGACGACUGAAGGCGGUGCUAUCACUCUUCUUCGCUUUGAGUCGAUACAAACAAGCGACGAAGCAGAAAUCGUCACUUCAGCUACAACCACCACAGCAACUCCAUCAACAGCAGCAGCAACAGCAGACGAAAGUGGAAAUUCAUGCCGUUCCAGCAGAAAUGACCAACCGACAACUUCCGGUCCCGUACGCAAAGGCCGGCGUCAAUGGCGGCACAGCGAUUCCGCUACCGGCGACCGUGCUCGUCACGAGACGAUGUCCACCGGAUAAAGUGCGCCCACUGCCACCGACACCUAACCAGCAGACGGGGUUACAUGGCGGCCUACAGAAGCACACCCUCGGCGGUGGUGCCGGUGGCGUCUCCAACAGUACGCCAUCCGACGGCAAUAGCUGCCCGGGGAGCCCCCAGCACAACGGUACCGCGAUAAUCACGCAAAUCCCGAAAGGAAACAAUAGCCUACGCCUGCCACAAGGGGCCAAUUGUAAAAUUCCUGCCAGCCCGUACUCGGCCGCGACGGGGAACGCGGCCACCCUGCAGCACAACAACCACCACAACAACAAUAACAACACCAUCACGCUGCUGCCGAAUGGCAACGUGACGAACAUUCCGGCCAAUCCCGCCCAGAACCACCAGAAGCACUCGAUGCUGGACAAGUUCAAGCUGUUCAACAGCAAGGAAAAGCAGGACCGGGCGGCCCAGAAGUCGCAGAUCUCGAAGCGCACCAGCUCGAGCAGUGGCUUCUCGUCGGCCCGCAGCGAACGCAGCGACUCCAGCCUCAGCCUCGACAAUGGCCACCCGACGACGACGACGACGGCCAUUCCGGGCGCGAAGAUUAAAGAGUCCGGCCUGAAGAAGCUCGACUCGGGGGCGAAGUCAUCGUCGACGGUGUCGUCCGCCGCGUCCAAGUCCUCCACGAAGCUGAUUUCGUCCAAGUCGAGCUCGAAGGAGGCGGCCAAGGCGGCGGCGAAGGCCGAGAAGCUGCAGCAGCGUAACGGCAAGGACGCGGGAGGGCAGGAUCCCCACCAGCAGCACCAGGUCCAGACGCACAUUCCGCUCGCGCCGCAGAAGGCGCAGAAAAUACCGAUGGCCACCAACGUGACGACGACCUCGAUGGCGGCGUCGGCCGUUGGUGCGUCGGCGAUGGCUUCGAAGGUGGCGGCCACCGACUCCGCCGCGCGACUGAAACUUGCCUCCGUGGGUAGCGCCGGGCGAAAACUGGACGCCAAAUCCGAAAGUAAAACUAGUUUACUCCAGCACCACCAGCUUCAGCAGCAGCAGCAGCAGCAGCAGUCCCCGAAAAGCAUGGUGCAAUCCCAACAGCAGCAGCAACAACACCAGCUGCAACAGAUGCAACAGAUGCAGCAGCAGCAACAACAACAGUCUGCAGUGAACACCGGCAUUCCCAAACCGAUGGCUGCCAUCAAGGGAACGAGUAAGCCCUCCUCGCAGCUGCUGUCUCCAGGGUCCGGUUUAAAGGAGGAAGGAGCCGUGUGCAAGGGAGCUUCCCCGCCGAACAACAACAACGCCAACGGAGGACCGCAGAUCAGUGUUAGUGGCAACAACAACUCCAUGCUGGGGCAGCAGCAACAGCUGACCACGAACAGCGGAACCAACAGCAUGUCCGACAGUAUGCACUCGAACUCCACGCAAGGUGCCUCGAUGGGGCAGCACUCGAACUCGAGCGAAACGUCCAGUGUGGUCGCGUACCGGCCCAGCUCGGAGUCGGGAUCCGAGCAGCUGAUCCAUUCCCCGCAGAAGCUCGUCCCCGCCAACGGUGGUCCCGGUCCGCUGCUCUACGCCGGUCAACCGGAUGUGAAUCUCAACAGUAGCAGCGUUAACGGUAGUCCGGCGGCACAACAGAAUGGCGGUGCGGGGCACGUCUUCCACAACGGUAACCAUAACCUCAACAACAAUAACAACAACAACCUCAGCAAGUUCAACACCGUCCCGACGAAAAUCCUCAACACUGCCAACCCGGGGGGCGGCCCGACGACGAUCUACGAGCAGGAGGAGAAGCAGAUCACCGUGCUUCCGAUGAGGCCGCUCCUGCGAGGCUACAACAGCCACGUUACACUGCCGACCCGCGGUACCCGUGGGCAUCAUCCGCAUGUCCAGCACCAUCACCAUCAGCUGAUGGCGGCCGACUACUGCGAAGACUACGGUGGCCCGGGUGGAGGAUACUGCAGCGAUGGUGACGCACUUCGGAAGAUCCCGGCCCGCUACUCCGACAAUAUCGACAACGGCUACCUCUCGGAGGGCGGUGGUGGUGGAGGGGUAAGCAUGCUGACCGCCAAUGGCCGCCAGCAGCACGCGUCCUACAUCAGCUCGCUGCGCGCCCGGACCCAACUCCCGACGACCAUCGAAGAGCGAUGUCGUAGCAGCCGAGGCGAUCAUCUGGACAGUGUGGGAACGAACCCACCUGCAAUGGAGCACUCACAUGUGAACGGCAAAAGCAGCAGCAGCAGCAGCAGCGCUCGUCACAGCAGCGGAAGCUCGGUCGGCCCGAACGGACGUGAAUACUGGGGCAAGCUUCCGGACCCGGCGUCAUCGGGCGGCCAUGGUAGCAGCAGCAACGGUGGCACCAACAGCCAGCACAGCUCGCAACCACCGAGUCCUACCGUGUCGCGCAAGGAUAAGGCCGGCUCCAGCCCGAGCCAGUCCCGGCGCAGCACACCCUCGUCCAAGGGAGCCUCCGGUCGGGCCAAAUCGGGUGGAGUCCCGCAGAGCUUCGGCUACAUCAAGCGAACCAACGGUGGCUCCACCAUGCCGGGAGUGGAUCCGCACCAACAGCAACAGCAACAGCUUCAGCAGCAGCAACAACAGCAAGGACAGAAUCUGCUCACCGGUGGCCGAACGGCCCACGUCUCGGCCGUCCCGCGCUCGAGCAAGCUAAAGGUUUCCGGUGGUACGCAGACAACCACGGCCGACUUCCAAGCCAAAGUGCAGCAGCAUCCGCAGUAUCGAAGCUUCUCGCUGACGGGACCCGGAGCGGCGCAGCUCAGCCAGUCGGUGAAAGAAAGGUUUGGCUCCGGAACGCACAGUUUGCCUAAGCCCGGUUUAGAUAUGCAUGUCUUCCAACAUAGAAUGUCCAAUCGCGCCUCUGCCAAGCUCACCGAUGGCAGCCUCUCGGACACGCAAACGUACGCCGAGGUGAAGCCCGACUACGGCUCGUACGCCAUGUGGCUGAAGCACUCGAACACGGCCAGCAGUCGCCUGUCGGAGGGUGACACGCUGGACGCCAUCUCGAUGGGCAGCUCGCCGGCGGCCGCCGUCGCCGCCGUGACCGGGUCACCCGGAUCCGUCACCCGACCGCACAAGCUGCUCCACCAUCAGCGUGGGGAAACGCAACAGCCCCACCACCACCAUCACCAUCACUCCAACACCACCACGGCCACCAACAGUCCGCGUCUCAAUCGAAGCAAUAGCAUCAGCUAUCUGAAAGAACGGACCUAUCCCAGAUCGACCAAGUCGGAGAAAAUGUACCCAUCGAUGCUGAGCCGCGGUCCAGAUGUGGAAAUCGAACCGUACUACUGUCUCCCGGUUGGGACGGUUGUCCACCCCGGCAAUGGGAUGGUUCCGUGGAGUCAACCGACUUCUCCGACGCCACCGGCCCGCGGUUUCGCAGGACUUCUGUCGCCCACGCACACGAACGCGGGCAACGCCGGUGGUCGCCUUACGUACCCGAAGAAGAACGAUGAAGUGCAUGGUAGUCAAGCGUCGCUGCUGUCGGGAGGAUCGUCCCUGUACGGUUCCACCGAGGAACGGCAGGCCGGCGAAGUGCGUCGCCUGAAACGAGAACUUAUAGAUGCCCGGGACCAGGUCAUGAGUCUUUCCAGCCAGCUGUCAACAAACGCGCACGUGGUGGCUGCGUUCGAGCAGAGCCUUUCCAACAUGACCCACAGACUGCAGUCGCUGACGGCGACAACGGAGAAGAAGGAUAGCGAAAUACUGGAGAUGCGCCAAACGAUAGAGCUGCUGCGGAAGCAAUCGAUCCAGGCCGGUUUAACUACCGCCCAUAUGCAGAGUAUGGGCGUACAAGUUAAUGGGCAGGUCAACGGAACGGCGACCGCAACAGAGCAGACGAAGACUACGACGACCAACGCCGCCACAGCAAAUGCCACCGCCGCCGCCUCCGCCACCAACAAUGGCACGAUGCCGGCAGCACCGGUGGGUGGUGGGGUGGAAAUGCAACGGCACCAUAGCUCCGACUCUAUGUGCUCGUUGAAUUCGGUCAGUUCCGGCUGCUCUGCCCAGGACAAGAACAAGAAGAAGAAGGGCUGGCUGCGAAGCUCCUUUACCAAAGCGUUUUCGCGGAAUGCAAAAAUUUCCAAAACGAAUCGCCACGUGACGGCGGGAGGUGGUGGUGGUGGCGGAGCAGGCGGUGGUCAGACGACGAGUACGAGCGAUGGUAACCACCAUCAUCAUCAUCACCACCAUCACCAUCAUCAUGGGUCGACGGUGGAGAAUGGAACAAACGCGACCCUGAAUACGACCGGCGUAGGGUUGGGGCCGUUGAACGGCGGAGGAGGAGGUCUUAAGCAGACCGGCAUUCCCGGUGUGCCACCAGUUGCUGGAUUACCACCGCCAUCCCCUACUAAGGGCAGUCCACACAAAACGAUGACUGUUAUAGACAAUGCCAAACCAGUAGAUGCCAUUGAGCUAAACGGAAACCCGGUGGUGGAAGAUCUCAAGAAGCAGCUACGGGAGAAAGAUCUCGUCCUGACGGACAUCCGGUUGGAGGCGCUCAGUUCGGCAUCGCAGCUCGAAAGCCUGAAGGACACGGUGAUGAAGAUGCGCCAGGAGAUGAUGAACCUCAAGCACAACAAUGAAAGACUGCAGCGGCUAGUGACGACGCGCUCGCUGGCCGGAAGCGAGGUGUCCCUCGGACCGGUCAGUCCGAGUGGUUCGAUCGGUGAACCGCGCCGUUACAGUCUUGCCGCAGACAACGGUAUGGGAAGGGCACCGUUGGAGUUGCCACAAAACCUGGACGAAACCGAGGAGGACAAUAUUCCACCGGCGCCGGCCCCCGAACCACCACCAGCGCCCCUCAGCCCGGCGAUCAUCGCUGAACUUUCGCCCACGAUCGAGCGGGCGGCCAUGGUGAACGAAAUCCUAACGACACCCGCCGAAGACGUGGCCGAUCCGGUGGAUGGGAAGAAGAUUUCGAUCGCCGUCUACCUUGGCCAGCCGGAAUCGUUCCCGAAGUACGCGGAAGAGAUGAACGAAUGUGAUAACUACUUCCACUCGUCGCCGGACGAUGAGGCGGAGGACGGCGACGACAAGCUGGAGGGCGGUGAGAAGGGCAAAUCGGCAUCGUUCUCCGUCGGCAGCGGGGUGGAAACGAACGAGUUUAUCAUCGCCUACACGUACAUCUCGGGCAAGACGACCUGGCAGAACCUGGACUAUAUCGUGCGGAAGACCUUCAAGGACUAUUUGUCGCGGAUUGAUCCGGGCACGAAUUUGGGUCUGAACACGGACUCCAUCACGUCGUACCAUCUCGGGGAGGCAAAGCGUGGCCCGGAGAUGGGCUUCCCGGAGCUGCUGCCCUGCGGGUACAUCAUCGGGAACGUGAAGACAUUGUACAUCUGCCUGCAGGGUGUCGGAAGCCUCGCGUUCGAUAGUCUUAUUCUGCGGAAUAUCGUUCACCGGUAUAUCUCGCUGCUGACCGAGCAUCGGCGGUUGAUUCUUUGUGGACCGAGUGGUACGGGCAAGUCGUACCUGGCCCGUAAGCUCGCCGAGUUCCUCGUUGCCCGUGCUGGGCGUGACAAUCCGAUCGAAGCGAUCGCUACAUUCAAUGUUGAUCAUAAGUCAUCAAAGGAGCUCCAGCAGUACCUCGGUCAUAUUGCCGAGCAAGCGUCGAUGUCGAACGGAGCCGCCGAAGAGCUUCCGGCCGUUAUUAUCCUGGAUAACCUACACCACGCAUCCGCCCUCGGGGAUGUGUUUUCCUGCCUGCUAAGUGCCACAGCCGCCAAGUUGCCCUGCAUUAUCGGAACGAUGUCGCAGGCGACGUGCAACACUACCAACCUUCAACUGCAUCACAACUUCCGUUGGGUUCUUACGGCAAACCACAUGGAACCGGUGAAAGGUUUCCUCGGUCGUUUUCUGCGGCGCAAACUGUUCUCCGUCGAACUGCAGCUUCAACAGCAACAGCCACAGCUCGAAAAGGUGUUGAAAUGGUUACCCACCGUGUGGCAGCAUAUCAACAGCUUCCUCGAGGCGCACAGCUCGAGCGACGUCACGAUCGGUCCCCGUUUGUUCCUCUCCUGCCCGAUGAAUCUACCCGAUUCGCAGGUUUGGUUCACGGAUGUGUGGAACUACCAUCUUGCGCCGUAUCUAAUGGACGCCGUCCGGGAGGGAGUACAACUGUACGGACGUCGAGGCGGUGCUUGGGUCGAUCCGUGUACGUACAUCCGCGAGACGUACCCGUGGCCGAUUGGACCCACCACCGUGCCGCAGCUGCGACAAAUCACAGCCGAUGAUGUUGGGCUCGAGGCCAGCGCUCCUGGAAACUCGGAAAACCAGGAUCCACUGUUGAACAUGCUGAUGCGCCUGCAGGAAGCGGCCAACUACAAUGGCAACACGGAGCAGGAUUCCGAUUGUGCCAGUCUGGACUCGAACAUGACGCACGACAGUUCGGCAGGAGCAGAAUAAAGGAGAGCCAAGCCAAAUACCGUUUUACCCUCCCGCUCUAGCAGUGACCGGUGAAACGAGUGGAAUUGUUGUAUUUGUAGGGCAAGAAGAAUUGAACCAAACGAUCACAUCACUCCUAAAACACCGAUAGCCCCCAAAAACUCGGUUUGAGCGAGGUCUCGAGGUAUAAGUUUUGAUACGUCGACUACGAAAAACGUAAAUCAAUAGUAAAUCAACCAAACAGUGUUGCAAAAGCAUUUAAGCACCACGAUCCUUAGAACUGUGUGUGUGUGUGGGGAUGAUGGUGUGAAAUAGGCUAUUAAUUGAUUUCCCUCCGAUGACCCGAUGAAACGAUUUGCGAAUUUGUGCAUGAGAAUGCAUUCGGGUGUCAUCACACACACACUGAUCAUCAUCAUUAAGGCUCAUUAACGCAAGUGAAGCCAUUAAAUUAAUUAACCGAUACCCCGCAAUGGUUAAGGAGGAGAGAGAGAGGAAACCGAAAAACACGAGCAAAAGAAAAACAGAAGAAUCGCAACACCAAUUUUGUGAUAUCAAUUUCACAAGCCAGUGCGCAAAACGAUAGUGGUUUGCACAUGAUGAUGAUGGCAUGAAAACUGGGUGUUUACCCGUAAAGGAUCCGAAGGGAAACGAGAACCACAAAAUUGCAGUGAAAAAAAAGAGUAACAUCGGCCCCGGGGGGGUGUGGGGUCGGUUCUGUGGAAACCGAUGAAACGAUUUCAAAAUUGCCCAGGUUGAGCCAGAACCCCCCUCGGGCGGGUGACAUUGAUUGCACACCAUUGCGUGUUCAAACGCGCGGAAAACCGAUCGUUUGAUCUUUCCAAAUUGCAACAACGCUGCUGUAACGGAUAGUUGGAUGAAAGUUAAUGAAAACAUACUGCCUCCACGAAAAAAGGGAAUUGCGUGAACAACAACAAUAUAACACGGAACCACAAACACAUACACCAACCAACCAACCAACCAAACCAAUGCGUUCAACGGAAACAAUAAUCAAAUUGAGAAUAGCUGGGAGAAAUAAUGCUCUUAAAUUUAUAAAGUAUCGAACACCAGUUUGAGAGAGGGGACUCGGAAGAACCGAGAGGUCGCCAAGCAAAUCCACAGAGGAACCGUGUUACACGUGCCGCUGUGUGUUUCUGGACACAUUUGAAGUUUUCUCUAUCCGCGCGCAGUUUUUUCUUCGCGGCGGGCUUUUGAUGUGUGUAUUUUUCGUAUUCGAGAAGGAAACGAGGGCAGCUUCCUUAUUUAAAGGAAAGGCGAGCGAUAGUUCGGGAUAAGAGGCACAUGGACGUUCACGAACGUGGUUAUAGUUUAUUUCAUACCUUCUGUACAUAAUGCACUCCCCCAGCAUAAAGGGGGUCAAAAGCGUCUUGGCAACUGCAUCCCUACAAUGAGAGCCAGAUAGAACUACCUUUACUCUACUAUUCACAAACAUACGUUCGUACGUCGGGGUACAGUAUCAUACACUAGUAUCAUAAUCGAUCGCGUAUAUUUCAUCUAGCUAGCUAGUUUAUGAAAUUUAGAACUUAAAGCAUACACAUAAGGAAUCGUGUAAAAAAGCAAACCUAAGCCGACUAAGCUUACAACACCCUCUUAUCAUCCUAUCGAUUGUAUUCGUUAACAAACUCGUUCGAUUGUUUGUCGCUGCUAAAGCUUUAAUCAAUGGCCGUUUUCUUUUUGACCCCUAACAACCGACAGUCCUUUCCACUUCCAUCGUCCCUAAUGUUGCCCCAAACCGCCUCUGAGCCGUUAUCAUGUCACCUCUUUUUUGCGAUCCAUGUUUUGUAAAAUAGUGUAGAAUAAUUUUUUUCUGUAUGUGCCCGUUUUCUCACUCCCCCUCCCGGCCUCACGAUGGUCGUCCUUUUGUUGAAGUAAAGUUUUCACCCUCCGCACUCGGUUCCCUGCUUCCAAUGUCAUUGCCCUUCUGGCAAGCGAUAUUAUCUAAAACAAACUCAUUAAACUCGUGAUAAACCAUCAAGAAACAAAUCAAACUCAACUGCAGUUUAU